GGCUCCGCUCGGCUGCACCCCGCAGGAGGCCUGGGGAAACCCGUAUGGCGAGGCCGCCGAGCAGAAACCUCACAGAAACAUGAAGCCCUCAGCCACCUGGAACUCAGAAACUCAUUGGGGACCGACGGCGGCUUCUGGAACGUCCAGGUGUUCUGCAGAUGUGAGAUUGUGCCCCGCACUCAGCAGCUGGAGUCCCGACCAGAUGCGAGACUUGUGCUUCGGCUCUGACAUCCCUGGGCACAGAGGGGUCACUUUCUAAUCGGCCAAAGCUGCACACAGCCGGUCAUCUUCGGGGAAAGCCACAUUUGGGGGUGCAGCUUUCCUGACUCUCUUGAGUUAGGAUUCUAGAUGGGGGCCUCAUUUCUGCAGCUCCCACCCUCCACGUAGGCACCACCACCACCACCAUCCCCACCAGAACGCUGGGUGGGCCUCAGCAUUCCCAUCUUUACAGUGAGGGUGUUGCAGUAUCUUCUUGCAAAACACCAACCUCCGGAGACUCCCUGCGCUGAGAGUGAGCAGAAGGGGACUCAGAGACGCCUCUCGUGGUGGCCCGCCAUCAUUCCAUAGAACCGGAACCCGCCCCUUCCCACCAUGGCCUGGCUUUUUCUAAAGGUUUUAUUGGUGGGGGUGAGUUUCUUGGGAUGUCUUUAUCCUCUUGUGGAUUUUUGCUUCAGUGGGGAGACAAGAGCCCCAAAACCAAAUUUCGUGAUCAUUUUGGCAGAUGACAUGGGGUGGGGUGACCUGGGAGCAAACUGGGCAGAAACAAAGGACACUGCCAACCUUGAUCAGAUGGCCGCCGAGGGAAUGAGGUUUGUGGAUUUCCACGCAGCUGCUUCCACCUGUUCACCCUCCCGGGCCGCCCUGCUCACCGGCCGGCUGGGCCUGCGCAACGGAGUCACACACAACUUUGCAGUCACCUCUGUGGGGGGCCUUCCGCUCAACGAGACCACCUUGGCCGAGGUGCUGAAGCAGGCUGGCUACGUCACCGGGAUGAUCGGCAAAUGGCACCUUGGGCAUCACAGCUCUUAUCACCCCAACUUCCGUGGGUUUGAUUACUACUUCGGAAUCCCAUACAGCCACGAUAUGGGCUGCACAGAUAGCCCCGGCUACAACCUCCCUCCUUGCCCGGCAUGCCCCCGGGGCGAGGGACCAUCAAGGAGCCCCGACAGGGACUGCUACACGGACGUGGCCCUUCCUCUGUAUGAGAACCUGCGCAUCGUGGAGCAGCCCGUGAACCUGAGCGGCCUGGCGCACAGGUACGCCGAGAAAGCCACCCAGUUCAUCCAGCGUGCCAGCGCCAGCGGGAGACCUUUCCUGCUCUACGUGGGCCUGGCCCACAUGCACGUGCCCCUAACCAGGACCCAGCUGUCGGCAGACCCACAGGGCCGCGCGCCGUACGCUGCGGGCCUCCGGGAGAUGGACGGCCUGGUGGGCCAGAUCAAAGACGGAGCUGACCGCACGGCAAAGGGAAAUACGUUCCUCUGGUUUACAGGAGACAACGGCCCAUGGGCUCAGAAAUGUGAGCUGGCAGGCAGCGUGGGUCCCUUCACCGGAUCAUGGCAAGUUCCUCGAGGGGGCAGUCCAGCCAAGCAGACCACCUGGGAAGGAGGGCACCGAGUCCCGGCGUUGGCGUACUGGCCCGGCAGGGUCCCCGGCAAUGUCACCAGCGCCGCCUUGUUAAGGUGCUGUUUCACCCCAACAGUGGGGCAGCGGGAGAGUACGGAGCCCUGCAGACUGUCCGCCUGGAGCGUUACAAGGCCUUCUACGUCACUGGAGGAGCCAGAGCCUGCGACGGGAGUGUGGGGCCUGCGCGGUCUCAUGAGCCCCCCCUUAUUUUCAACCUGGAAGAUGAUGUUACGGAAGCUGUGCCUCUGGACACAGGCAGUGCGGAGUACCAGCGCGUGCUGCCCCAGGUCAGGGAGGUUCUUGCCGACGUCCUGCACGACAUUGCUGGGGACAACGUCUCCAGGGCAGACUACACGCAGGACCCGGCGGCAGCUCCCUGCUGUGACCCCCACCAGACUGCCUGCCGCUGCCAGACCGCCUCCCAGCCCGUGUUCCCAGGAGCAGGAGCAGCAGGAAAUGAAACGGCAAGUGCACAUCCACCCUCUUUCUAGUGACGUACGCUUUAUAAGUCUCAGGAUUUCGGCGGGAAGCCACCACCUUGCAUCCCCCACUGUCCCGUCUGCAUGAUGGCUUGGGAGGUCAGCUGCCAAGAGCUGUAACGGGGACCCUACGGGCUCAGAGGCAGCCCAGGGUCAAGGCCCAGCUUUUGAACUUGGGCCAUGACUUACCCUGCCUUGCGAGCUGAUUUUGAGGAUUCGGUAAGGCAAUUCGUGAAAGUGCCAGGCAUAUUACCUGACACGUGAGGCAGGCACUUAAUUCGUUUUAGUCUUCUUCUUCUUUUUUUAAUGCACCGUUUCACUGAUCAUUUUAGUAGAGAUUUGUGCCAACUGGUAUCUAG